AUGGCUGUGGAGGAGGCCAUUGGCAACGAGGCUGUCACCCCACCUAUGCGCUCACUCACCUUUCACGAUCUCCCAACUGAGAUUCAACGGGACAUACUAUCGCAUUGCUCUCAGUCUGACCUGAUCUGCUGUGCUCUUGUUUCCCAACACUUCCGUGAGCUUGCAUCUGCUUUACUCUAUCGCAGCUUCAAUAUCCUUUUCCCCGACGACGACGAUGUGAGAUUCGAGUCGCCAAUUGAUGGCCUCGCUGGUGGACUGGAUACAUUCACCACUAGCGACUACAAUUAUGCAAAGCAUCUAAGGGAAUUGUCUAUGGAUACAGUUAGCACUGGCGUCAAAGCUGAGCAUGCAUAUAAACCGUAUCUGUACAGCACCAGUUGUGGUAAAUUCCUUAAUACUUUACUAUAUCUGACGCUAAAGAAGGCCAAAUCUCUCGAGUCCUUUCGAUGGAAUAUCCGCGUUGAACUCAGCCGACCUGUAUAUCGUGAGCUUCAUAAGAUUCAAACAUUGACCAAAUUUCACAUUCGCUUCCAGGCUGGCGAAACAUACUACAUCACGCCGCCUCCUCUUCCCCUGAGCAUCGAUGACCUCCCCUCAACUUCGGCUCACUGGUCAGACAUUCCUCCGCCUCCUCCGGGACCACCCCCAGCAAUGUUCACGGCUCCCUUGGCUGGCCCUAUGACAUCUUUGCCAGUGAUUUCGUCGCCUCCUCCUCUUCUACCAACCUUGAAGCAGUUUUCGAAAUCUAAGGCGAGCAAGCGUGACUCAAAAUCACAGGAGCCCCCAACACUUUCGGGCUUCAAGAAGCUAAAAAGCCUAUCGGUCCUCGAUAUAGACAAUCUUGAUUUGACUACGGAGCUUAAGACUUGCGUCCGAAAUUCUUCUGCUACCCUCACAGAGCUGCAUCUUUCCCUGUCGGAUUCUUUGGCGCUGCAGGCUAGACGGCCACCGCCUGAUUCAGAUCCGGAUGAUUCAGAUGUUGAUGAUGAGUUCCAAGUGGUGCCCGUCUCGCAAAGCACCACUUUCGAUGCGAGUGGACCAGCGAAAGCUUUCCGCUCUCAGGAGGAGCGUAAACUUCAAGAGGGUAUUCUCGGGAAGAUAUUUGAUGUCGAACCUUUCAUACUCAAAAAGCAUGCGCUUAAUCAAAGUCCCCGCGAAGCAGCGACUAGUCAGGAGGAAGGAUUAGAAGCCGAGAGUAACGAUGCCGCGGAGGAUCCCCGCGAAGAAUUUGCGUCAUCACUUCGCAGUGUGUCGGCGAGGUUGAUGGCACAGGAUGGCACACGCGAUAUUUCUACAGCGCAGCAAGAUAUCCUAGAUAUCAUCGAGAAAGCAGCCAGGAAAUAUGUGGACUCGGGCGAGCGUCCUUCUCAACAGUCCAACGAUUCGCCAGAAAGUUCUGCUGUCGUGGCCAAGAGUGAAGAGCAGUCAAGUGAUGGGAAUGGCCAGGCAAGUUCAGGACCAGUCGAUAUGCCCGACUUAGCUGUGCGACCCAAGAACAAAGCAUCGAGUGGCGAUUUAUCACCGGACGAUAUUGAAAUCGAGCAUGUCGAUACCGUAGACGAUCUCGAAGUUGAAUCAGAUGAGCAGCAAGGAAAGGAGCCAGAGGAAAAACAAAUUGAAGACGAAGAAUUCGAAAAGCCAAACACGGCAUGUUCUUCGGCUGCCAUCCUAGAGGACCAGGAUACACAUCCGAAGACAACCUUAACCACCGGGCUGGGCAAAGUCGACACGAACUUGAUUGCGCCGCAAGUGAAUUAUGAGUCACUUUUGCUGGAAUUACAACAGCUACAGGAAGAGAAAGACGCAUUUGUUCAGCAGGUCAAGGCAAUGUCUGUUCAGGGUACAGCCGUGGAACUCAAGCAAAUCAAGGACUCAGAAAACCGGCUCAGAGAAAUGCGCCAGAAGACUCGACGUGUCCAGGACGCCAUAGAAACCACGCGCCUUGAGAUAAAGGAGGCCGAGAGCCAGGUCUCUGAAAAGUCUCAGAUUGAUGGCAGUGAGAAGUCACAGCGGUCAAUCGACGAGUAUCUUCGAGAUACCAGAGGCGUUGCACUGGAAACACUGGGCAUACACCUGAUCCCAGUCAAAGCAUCUGUUCUCUCAAGGGCCAUUGAUUUGAAGUGUAUGAAGAAUCUAACGUUGCUCAACGUCGGUAACCAAGCACCCAUCUGGACCUUGCUUUCCAAGGAAAACAAAAUCUCCCCAUUGGCCCUACGCAGUGUUUUUACCGACAAUGUGUCGGCCGCGUUCUUGAAUUGCAUGUCACAGCUUGAAGAAUUGCAUGAUUUGUUCCUUUUAGAACGAAGUGCUAAACAAAAACCCGAAAGUUUCGCGCCGAGAACCACCGUCACAAUCGAUCAGAUUCGUCGGUUGGUGCUAAAGAAGCACAUGCAUACUUUGAAAAGGCUGAUGAUCAAGGACGAGUCAAACAGCAGCGGGUGGGAUGCGAACCAGAAAGCAAUGAUACUUAUUUGCAAUCGCGGGGUGCAGCUUGAGGAGCUAGCUCUCAGUAUGAACAUCCACGCGGUGCACGCUUUCAUGCAAUAUUUUGCAGGACUAAUCAAUCUCCGUGCUAUCAACAUCCUCCGGUUCAGGAAUAACGACACAUGCAUAUGGGUCAUGCGUGAGAUCUUGAACUUUAUCGUGGAUAACCUCUCUCACCACCCCGAGCUGAAGCUGGAGUGGAUCGCUAUGGAGGACGACAGGCUCGAUCGCGUUAUUCGUCCUACAGAUGUGCCAGACGAAGGGGGAAAGAGACGGGCUAAGGGGAAGGAGAAGGCUACUGUGAGCUCUCAUCACAAUAGCAUCAGUCUUCCUGUACUGCCGACCUGGGGUUCGGAUAGCGAAAGUGAGGACGAGGAUGAUGAUGCCUCAAAUUGUGGAAAGAGACUUCGGCUGAAGACUGUUGGAGUCCUCCAGUUUUAUGAGGUCUGGGGUGUUAAGAUUUUUGACAAGGAAAUCCGAUCCGGUCGGCUUUAA